GUCGAUUUUUACGAAUAACGGAUUAUUGAGAAGAUUGUUGUAAUUAGUCAAUAUUGUUUUGAAAUGAAUGUUUUAGAACGUUUAUCAAUGGAAUUGUUACCACCGAAACCAGAUCCUAGACUGGAUGGAUAUCCUUUAAUGACAUCUUGGACUCCUACAGCUUUAAUUACAUUAACUUAUAUUAUUGGAGUAUAUGCUUGGAAAGCUGAAUGUUUGAAAAGACAUGGAAAACAACCUAAAAAUAGAAAAGAGUUUAAUUCUGAAAUGAAAAAACCGAAUUCAUCAUCAUCAUCGCUAUCGGGAAACAUUAUCAAACAACUUAUGAUUCUAUAUAACGUUGUGAUGGUUAUCUAUUCUGCUGUUAUUUCAUUCGGUACUCUAUGGGCUGUUUAUACUUUAGGCUAUGGUUUAGGCUGUGAAGAACAACCAGAUCCUAAUGAUGCAAGAACUGACAAACUUGUAUGGAUUGGAUAUCUAUUCUAUUUUUCUAAAAUUAUUGAACUGUUAGAUACUGUAUUCUUCUUAUCACGAGGUAAAGUUGAUCAAGUCACAUUUCUACAUGUAUUCCAUCAUGCAGCUAUGCCACCGUCAAUUUGGUGGGGAUUAAAAUAUGCACCGGGUGGUAUGAUUUAUAUGUUUCCAUUGAUAAAUAGUUCAAUUCAUGUUGCAAUGUAUACUUAUUAUGGCUUAGCCGCUGCUGAAGCAUAUCGUUAUUUAUGGUGGAAAAAUUAUUUAACUUUAGCGCAAAUGAUUCAAUUUGUCAUUUUUAUCCUUCAUCAAGGUCAAGUAUUUGUACGGUCUACACCAUGCAAUUAUCCGAAAAUAUUCCCAGCUGUAGUUGUACUAUACGCUACGAUAUUUUUAAUAUUAUUCUCUAAUUUCUAUAUUAAAGCCUAUUGGCAUAAACAACGAUUGGCUAAAAGUUUAAAAGAACAACAUCGACACCAAGAGAAUGGUAUAAUUAAACAACAGACCAAUGGUUACGGACCUCGUAUGAAUCAGUCAACGGUGCGGAAAAUGGAUUAAUGUUCAGUGUUUUCGUUCGUGAAGUUCUGCGUUUUUUUUUCCUGCUUUUGUCUCUGUAAUAAAAAGCUGUUUAUUUUUUCCUCUUUUCACUUCUUUUCAAGCAUAUAAUAUGUUACUUCUGUUGUGUAACGUUUUUUCCUUCAGUUUCUGCACUUUCAAUAGAUGUAAUGUAAUAUCACCUACCUGACUAUUAUUUUCUUGUAUAUCACAUGACUUGGAGAGAUGAUGUGAUGAGUUCGUUUUUGAAAUUUUAUUGUAACGACCCACUCACUGGCUUGACUGUUGUAAUCUUUGAAUGUAUGCUUUAUACAUAUGGUAGUGAAUGUUUUUGAAGCGUUGUAAUUUUGUGUAGUUGAUCACUAUUAGUUUACAUAAAUAAAUAGGCUGGUUGAGGGCUUUCAUUAUCCGUUUUCAGCUAGAUUACUACAAUACACACACCUAUCCAUCAUUGGGUAUUUUUGUAUGAGGAGAAUGUUUGUGUAUGUGUAUGUGUGUGUGUGUUUGUCCAUGAAUCUCCUCAUAUUUAUUAGCUGUUCUUUACAAUUGCUGUGAGAUUGUAUAAAUUGUGUAUAAACUGUGAGAAGUACUAUAUAAUAUAUAUAUCAUAAAAUAUUUUAUGUUUGUAUAUGUAUAAUAAAGAAUUUUUGACUUUC